GCAGCCAGUCCAGGUAACGGCACCCGUCUCUGCGCCGGCUCCGGCGUGCAGCGAUCCGACGCGCCGGCCCACUCCAGUCUAACGGUGAGCGUCGACCAUGGCGGAGCUCGAGAUGGUGCUGGCCUCCUUGUGGCUGGAGUUUCGCGCACGAAGCAAAACACUGCACCGAAAUAUAAACAAGGUUCUAUCGACGAGGGUCCCUCGCAAGCUGCUGUAUCUCGUGGCAGGCGUCUCCUGCAUCCUGCUGUUCGCAGUCGUGGGCACAGAUGUUCGAGAAGAACAGGAGCUCGAGUUUAGCGGAACAGGGCAGCUGUAUGCCCGUCCCCCAGUUCGAUCGUGGUGGUCAGUUGACGGACGCGCCUGCGACUGCACGUGCAUUCCGCCAACAAUAGGUGUUCCCGGCGAGCAGCCUCCCGCCGACGGUCCCGUCCUCACCCGGGACUACUACGAGCCCGGGUUCAAGAUCCCCUCCGGUUACCUAUGUGCCGACGGCGGCGACGGCGUCCAGCUGGUGAUGAUGGUGCAGAGCCGACCGAGUAAAGCCGCCGUCCGGCGCACGCUGCGCCGUACCUGGGCCCGGCCCGGCAUUCAGAGGACAGAUGUGGUACUGGCCUUCCUCGUGGCACGCACCAACGACUCGGCCGUCCAGGAGAGCAUCGAGAAGGAGGCCGACAUCUUCGGCGACAUUGUGCAGGCCAACUUUGUCGACCACUACAACAACCUGACGCUCAAGUCGCUGGCCACGCUCGAGUGGGUGGACACGUUCUGCCCCAAGGCGAAAUUCGUCUUGAAGGCGGAUGACGACCUCUUCAUCAACUUCAACAAUCUGAUGCAGUUCAUCGAGUACCACCAGGACAAGAGGAACAUCAUCUACGGCAACUUGGUCUCCAGUCCGAAGCCGGAGCGCGACCCGAAGUCAGUGUUCUACGUCAGCGAGGCGAUCUGGGACCAGCCCAUGUUUCCGCGCUACAUGGGCGGACCAAUGUACCUCAUCAGUACCGACGCUGUGUGUGGGAUCUUCCAGCACCUCAUGAAGCGGCCCUACCUCUUCAUCGAGGACGUAGCGGUCACCGGCAUCGGCGCGCAGGGGGCGGGCGUGGGGCGCCGGCGGGCGCCAGAGAUCUACACCUACCCGGUACCAAGUAACAACACGUGCCUGUUCCGGGCACUGCUCGGCGCUCACCAGAUCCCCACUGACGACUUGGUGGACAUCUGGCGCCGAGUGCACGACCCGGACAUUGCCUGCCGCAAGUACUCGCCCACCCUCUGGGACCACUGCAUAGAUGUGGCGGAACAGGCGCCUCUGCAGGACUGCAUAAUGGCGCUCAACACGACGGCGGAGAGUGCCUGACCGGCACUGAGCGGAGAGCGAGCUUGAUAUUCAAACUCAGGGCUUAGAGUGUUUUAUUGUGUUGUUGUUAUGUCGCAGUUCGCACGGAUAUGGGCAUUAAUUACCAAGGCUGUAUUUAUUAGCAGGUCGCUGCAUCAGGAAUUCUGCUAAUGUGUGAUAUCUGCCUUGCUAGGACGUAGCUUCAUAAGUGAAUGAACAAUAAACAAAUGGAGCAUGAACUAAUUUAUCGUAAUCUUUUUUUUACCUUAUUUUUGCUUCUCAAUAUAAUGUGCUAGGAAAAAAACGUUCUUCGCUUUUUAUUAACUAGCAAAAGAUAAAGUCUGUUCCAUGUCAAACUUGCGGUCGAAGUGCCUCGCUGAAAGCAGUGCCUGAUUUCUGCACAUAUAUGCAGCUCUUACAUUCAAAUGCGCAAAUUAUUGAACGGAGGAGCGAACUGCCGAAGAAACUCCGAGUCCGACCGCAAGCUCGAUAUGGAACAGACUAUAGUGUCUAUCUAGGAAAAUAGUCAAAAGAGAACGGAUAACUACUCAUUAUUCCUUCCGCGUAACGUUGCUCGAGACUUACCGAAAUGGAUCGGGCUGAGCGAGGCUGACGGUGAGCCGUUCUGCAUCGAGUCGACAACUCCAAAAGCCACGGACAGCGCCAAGCACAGAAAACGAGGAGCGAUGAACAUGACUUCACCCUGGGCUGCGACGGGAACGUUGAAUAGACGGCGCCGUGAGCUGACUUAGGACACGGUAGCUAAUCUGUGUAGCUGGUCUGACUCUGACUCUAUGUCGCUAUGAGCGCGGUAGAGUGGCGGUCCAAUUUAUACGCCCUCCUUAGUCGCAGAACAAUGUGCACCGUCGGUUUGCCGUGUGCAGUGAAGUGCGAACUGUGGACCAAACUACCACCGAUGUGAAACGUAAUUCAAUGAGCUGCGAUAAGCAAGGCUUAUAUGAAGCGAGGGCGACGGGUCUUAGGGUGGAAUGGCAGAAAACACAAAUAUACUACCAAUCUGUGCC